AUGCCUCCCAAAAACGUUAAAGCCGCAUUGAUCCGGAUGCUGAAGAACUUAACCCCAGGUCAACUGGAGCACUUCCGCCACACGAUUCUGGACCGCAAGGAAGAGCCGCAGGUCACACGUGAUUCCCUGGAGGGCAAAGACUGUCUGGUGGUCGCAGAUGUCCUGGUCAACUACUUCACAGAGCCUGGAGCUAUAGAAGUGGCUCUGGAGACGCUGGGGGAGAUUGACUGUAACGAGCAAAAGAAAAGGCUCGCUGAGGCCUUAAAGGACCAAUCACUGCCUGUGACUACUGCUCCUGCUCCUGUUUGCAGAUUUGGUGACAUCAUGAAGGUGGAAACUACUGGUGCCUCCGCGCAAACAGCUCAGCAGGACAAACUGCCCUACUCAGGUUUGCAGGCGUCAUUCGCCAUGGCAGAGACUGACUUGAUGGACAUGAACAACUACAAAUCCAUCAUCCAAAACGUGGCUCGUGAGAAGGGACUUGAUCCAGCUCUCAUUGCUGCCAUCAUUUCCAGAUCAUGCAGGGCUGGAAAGACACUGAAAGGAGGCAGGGGGUGCUAUAACCCCCAGAGAGGAGAAUACGACACCUACGGGCUCAUGCAGCUUGAUGUCAAUCCAAAAGGAGGUGGACACAUCCCAAAAGGCGCAUGGGACAGCGAGGAACACCUCUCCCAAGCCAUCGACAUCCUGCUGCAUUUCAUGCUGCGCAUAAAGCAUAGAUUUUAUAACUGGACCAAGGAGCAGCAGCUGAAAGGAGGGAUAGCGGCCUACAACGCAGGGGACAUGAACAUCGACUCCUAUGAAAACGUGGACGCCAAAACCUCAUGCGGAGACUACUCCAACGAUGUUGUUGCCAGAGCUCAGUGGUACAAAAGCGAUGGUGGCUUUUAAAACCUGAGGCUGGGCAUGAAAAUGCUGUCCACAACCUUAGAAAAAGCAUAUAUGAAACAAUGUCUGUGUUCUGAUUUUAAUAAUAAAAAACUUCAACAAGUAUUACUCAUCAGAAGCAUCCAUAACUGUUAUAUGAAUCAGUGAUUGUCAAAUGGGGGUAGUUUUGAGUACUGCAGGGGGUACAUGAUACUUUUAUUAAAAAACUCUAUCAGUCAUGCAUAAUUCCUUAACAAUUAUACUGUAACAAGUGUAAUAAAAAUCUAAAUGCUUGUGGGAUAAACCACAUUUUAUAUUAAAUUAAAAAAAUGUAACUAUUUUCAAUUUUCUACACCAAAAAAGACCCCAUGGCUUGUUCGUACAGUCACUUAUUGACUAUAUAUUGAGAAGCAAUAGUUUACAUUUUUAAUGAAUGCUUGCAUAGCACUGCAAUCAUAUGUCUUAAUGAGUUCUGAAUAAAUUUAAAAUGUCUGAAUGUUUUCUACACA